CUUGAACGAGGCCACGUGAUCAGUGUGCUCCGAUAACUUCCCAUUGACUGUGCUAGCAUUUAUCAGUAUCUAUUUUUGUAUUAGUACACAUACCUACAGUGAUUAAUAUUCACAAAUCCUUCCUUGACACAUUAAAUGUUCGAUUUCGUUGGCUAGCGGGCGGAGCUGUUUUUGAAGAACAUGGAUUUCUUUUUUGUAUGGUUGUGUAUGUUUGUCGCGGGGUUCUGGAUAAGCAAAAAAAUCAAAAAAUGGAGGAGCUUACCUCCGGGUCCGUGGGGCCUGCCAGUAGUCGGAUAUUUGCCGUUCAUUGACCGACAUCAUCCGCAUUUAACAUUAACUAAAUUAUCCAGGCAGUUCGGUCCGAUUUAUGGAAUUGGGAUGGGCAGUAUUUAUGCGGUCGUGCUGUCCGAUCAUAAAUUAAUCAGAGAGGCUUUUGCAAAGGAUGCUUUUUCUGGCAGAGCUCCAUUAUUUUUAACACAUGGGAUAAUGCAUGGAAAUGGAAUAAUUUGCGCUGAAGGUCCAUUAUGGAAAGAUCAAAGAAAACUGGUGACAACAUGGCUGAAAAGUUAUGGAAUGAGCAAGCAUAGUGCAUCCAGAGAAAAGUUGGAGAAACGAAUUGCAUCCGGAGUUUAUGAACUUCUAGAAAAUGUGGAAAAAUCGGCUGGCUCACCCAUGGAUUUGUCGCACAUGCUGUCUAACUCACUCGGCAAUGUAGUAAAUGAAAUAGUAUUUGGCUUUAAAUUCCCACCUGAAGACAAAACUUGGCAUUGGUUAAGGCAGAUUCAAGAGGAAGGGUGUUACGAAAUGGGAGUCUCUGGUGUUGUAAACUUUUUGCCUUUUAUGAGAUUUUUCUCGUCAUCUAUUCGAAAAACUAUGGAAACACUUGUUCGAGGGCAAGCACAAACGCACAGGUUUUCCGCCGGUAUAAUAGCCAGACGUCGCAAAAUGCUGGGACUAGUCACACCACCCGGGGCUGAAUACCCCCCUCACGCGGACCUUCAUAGUGAACACCCAGAUGGGCACAUUAAAUGUGUCACUUACAGUAAACACGUGGACCAAGCAGAAGAACACUUUUUUGAUCCUGAGACAUUAAUUGCAACCGAAGGCGAUUGUAUUUUAGACAGUUUCCUAGAAGAACAAAAAAAGAGAUUUGAUAGUGGUGAUAGCUCAGCAGUUUUUGUCACAGAUGAACAACUCUACUACCUUUCAUGUGAUAUGUUUGGAGCAGGCCUGGACACCACUUCCGUUACUUUGGCAUGGUUUUUGUUGUAUAUGGCUCUGUAUCCGGAAGAACAGGAGCGCAUACGAACGGAAAUUUUAAAUGUAUAUCCGGAAGAAGAUCAAGUCGACAGCACCCGAUUACCACUUCUUAUGGCAGCCAUUUGUGAAACUCAGCGUAUCCGUUCUAUAGUUCCAGUCGGAAUUCCUCAUGGAUGUUUACAGGAUACUAUGUUGGGAGGCUACAAAGUCCCAAAGGGGGCAAUGGUAAUCCCUCUGCAAUGGGCAAUGCAUAUGGAUCCCGAAGCAUGGAAGGACCCAGAAGAAUUUAAGCCUAGUCGUUUCAUUUCUGACGAUGGUAGUCUUCUCAAACCUCAAGAAUUUAUACCUUUUCAAACAGGAAAGCGUAUGUGCCCAGGAGACGAGCUUUCCCGUAUGAUAUCUUGUGGUCUGGUUGCUAGACUAUUCCGUCGUCGAAGAAUACGACUAGCUUCAGACCCGCCUUCUGAAGAAGACAUGAAAGGAAGGGUUGGGCUUACUUUGACACCCCCACCGGUGCUUUUCUAUUGCGAUCCCUUGUAAUAACGACAUUGUUCUGUAGUGGAUUUUUGUGUGAAAUAAUAGGUACGUAAUAAAUAAACUGCAUUUA